UCUAAUGACAUUCUUUUGGGAACUCCAUUGUUGUUUUCUCAGGAAAGAAACAUCAAACCAAAUAACAUUGUGGAAACGAAGGGACCCCUUUUGAAUUCGAACCGAAGAUUCAAACGAAAAGGGGCCUAAAAGAAGAAGAUAAAAGUAAAACCACGGAAAAACAUGGAAAGAAGUUAACAUUUUGCAAAUUUGCAACCUUAUUUCCCAAUUUGUUUUUGAUAUUUGAGUCCUCCUCAUGGGAAGAAGAAUUUCGACAGAUGAGACAAACCGGCUAAUCCAUCCGUUGCUAUCUUUGUCUUUCUUUGCUGCUGCCAUGGCCGCCACCAUUGCCAUGAUCACGGCUCUUUGUAAUUUUCGAAGAAAAUCUUCUCCGUCCCUUUCUGAAUCCCCUGCUUCUAAGGAAGCAGAGGAAUCCGAUGCUUGCAAUGUGCAAACAUCGGAAACUGCAUUGGCGGAGACAGGGAACAAAACACCUCAACAAGAUUUGGAAAGAGAUCAAGAAAAUGAGGAUCCAAUGAUGAGUAAAGAGUUGCCUUUGCCUCCAAGAAUGAAGAACUCAGGACAACUUUAUUCAGGACAGCUUUAUUCCGGCAACCUCGACAUGAAACCUAAAUUGAAAAAGUCUGCUUCCGAGCGAAGGCUCUUCUCGAAUUUGAGCAUUAAAUUGCCACGAAGCUUGUCGAUGGCACGAAAAGAUAAGGUAAAGGAAGAGUACAACAAGCGAAAGAACGGAAAGUUGAAGCCGGAAGACUCAAUCUGGAUGAAGACGAUCAUACUAGGUGAGAAAUGUAAAGUACCUAAUGAGGAUGAAGUUGUGAUAUAUGAUGCUAAGGGGAGGAGGAUUCCGGCUUAUCGCCCAAAAAGUAGGCAAUCCUCCUUCAUUGAUCCGAACGCAUUACCGGACCAAAGAAUGAAGAGAGUAGAAGUAGAAAACAAAAUUAAUCAAGAGGCUGAGCACAAACAAGAAAACAAACACCAAGAAAGUGAUCAAGAACAUAACGAUAACGAUGAGGAUAAUUAAGCCGAUUUGAUAUCAUUAUCAUGUUAAGAUUUCAGGCAGACAGUAAAAGAUGAACUUGCAUAGUUGAACUUCCCAAGCCUCAUUGACAACGAAUAAAGAAGUAAGAUUUAGAAUUGAUCCCAAAAUUAAUUAAAAAGUCU